GGCGUUGGGGCUGCUUCAGCCGGGCUCCUGUGGAUGCGGCGUCGGAGUCGUCGUCGCCUCUGGAUGAGGGCUGAGCCCCUGGGGAGGGGGCCAUGUCCUUCUGGUGACUGAGGGGCCGCUGCUUCCCCUCGGAGAUCUCCUUUCCCUUCCCUUUCCCCACCCUCCUCCCCCUGCCCCGCAUGCCCCUCUCUCCCUGCCCCCCCGAUGCCUUUGCUUUCCCCCGGGGGAGGAGGAGGAGGAUGAGCGACGGGGGGCCCUCGACGACGGCUGCCGCUGCCGCUGCUGCUCUUGCAGCGGACGAAGGGGCUUCUUCUUCUUCUUCCCCGGGGGCUGCCAGGGCUGCUGGGGGCGGCGAUGGGGCCCCCGAGGCGGGCCCCCGGGAGCUGCGCUGCAGCGACUGCAUCGUCUGGAACCGGCAGCAGACCUGGCUCUGCGUGGUGCCCCUCUUCAUCGGCUUCGUGGGCCUGGGGCUGAGCCUGAUGCUCCUCAAGUGGAUCCUGGUGGGCGCCGUCCAGGAGUACGUGCCCACCGAGCUGAUGGAUUCCAAGGGCAUCGAGCAGGACCCCUUCUUCCUCUCCAAGCAGCCCACCACGCCGCCCAAGACCCUGGCGCCCACCACCACCACCACCCCGAGGACGCCCCACCGGAUCGGCACCCGCCUCACCGCCCUCCCCAAAGCGCCCACCCGCUUUCCCGGCACCCGGGGACCCAUCCGGGCAGGACCGGCCAAGGCCUCCCUCCCCGAGGGGCCCUUCAGCCCCACUGCCACCAGCCCGGCGCCUGGCACCCCUCCCGGCCCCCUCUGGCCCACUGCGGCAUACACUACCUCCUCCUCUCCCUCCUCCUCCUCCAAGACCUAUCUCCAGGACUCGGCCCCCUCCUGGACCCUCUCGCCCUUCCAGCAAGAGGCCGCCACCGCCCCCGGCCCCGCCGCCCCCACCGCCCGGCCGCCCGAGGCCAACACCAGCCCCAAAGACCAUACCACCACAUACUCCACUGAGCAAUCUGAGCACUUUAAGCCAUGCAAAGAUAAGGAUCUUGCAUACUGUCUCAAUGAUGGGGAAUGCUUUGUCAUCGAAACCUUAACAGGCUCCCACAAACACUGCCGGUGCAAAGAGGGCUACCAAGGAGUCCGCUGUGACCAAUUUUUGCCGAAAACCGACUCAAUCUUGUCAGAUCCAACUCAUCAUUUAGGAAUUGAAUUCAUGGAGAGCGAAGAGGUUUACCAGCGGCAGGUGCUGUCUAUAUCCUGUAUCGUCUUUGGCAUAGUCAUAGUGGGCAUGAUCUGUGCAGCGUUCUACUUCAAAACAAAGAAACAAGCAAAACAUAUUCAGGAGCAGCUGAAAGAAUCACAAAAUGGGAAAACCUACAGCCUCAAUGCUUCCAGCAUGAUGGCAAAAUCAGAGCCCAGGGCCCAAAGCCGAGUCCAGCUGCAAAAUUAUUCCAAGGCAAACAGACAUCCAGAGCCAGUGAUGGAAAAAAUGAUGGAAUCUAGUUUUUCAGGAACUCAGACCUUUCCCGAAGCCUUGUCUCCUGACAGAGGAGGCCAGACUACAAAACCACACAGAAGUCUCUCUUCAUGUUGCAGCCCAGGUCAGCGAACAGGGAUGCUCCACAGGAAUGCCUUUCGGAGAACUCCUCCCUUACCUCGAGGCAGGUUCAAUGGAAUUACAGGACCAGCAUAUCAACAGCUGGAAGAGUCAAGGAUCACAGAUCAGGAUACAAUACCUUGUCAAGGGUUAUCUGCUGGUUUGAAAACACCACAGAAUACUUCAAUAAAUAUGCAACUGCCUUCAAGAGAGACAAGCUCUUAUUUUAAUAGUGUGGCUCAAAAGGACAUGGUUGGCUACUCAUCUCCACGAGCCAGUUCUGUUCCCAUCAUCCCUUCUGUGGGCUUAGAUGAAGCCUGCAUGCAGACACAAAACCUUUCAGACAUAACAGGCAUCAAAUGGUGCAAAAACUCCUAUUCCACUGAACUUGUCAAUGUGAGUGCCCCAGCCAGCCGUUGUCUUAUUUCCGAACAACAAGAAGUCAAAAUAUUGUUAGAAACUGUCCAGGAGCAAAUACGAAUUCUGACUCAUGCAAGGAGGUCGGAGGACUUUGAACUGACAACUGCCAACACUGAAAGCAGUACAAGUGAAAACACAGCUUUUCUGCCCAUGAGUCCUGUGGUGAAAUCAGAACGAGAGGCACAGUUUGUCUUAAAAAGUGAAAUGAAAAGAGACUCAGCAUUGAUCAAGUGACUUUGAACUGUGGGGGGGGGGGGGGGGGAAAGGGAGGGUGCUGGGAUGUAUGGAUCUGUGCAUUUGAAGCUUUGCUAAACAGGAAAGAGAGGAAAUUAAAUACAAAUUAUUUAUAUGCAUUAAUUUAAGAGCAUCUACUUAGAAGAAACCAAAUAGUCUAUCGCCCUCAUAUCAGUGUUUUUUAACAAAAUAUUUUUUUAAGGGAAAGAGAAGUACCAGGUGGGACAACACUUAACCAGAAGUUCAGAAUUAUUCUUUUAUUUCCUCCUCCUUCCUUCCUUCCUUCCUUCCUUCCUUCCUUCCUGCCCACCCCUUCCUUCUCUUGUUUCCUCCAGGCAUAUACAGGCAAUUUCACAAUCAGUUUUACAGAUGUGCUGUUUGAAGGUUUAAGUCAAGCAUCACCCUUAUGCUUAUGUGUUUGAAAACAGUUCUAUAUGACAGUGUUGACUGGAAACCUCUCCUGUGCAUGGUUCAUUGAAACAAAUGGCUCACUCUUGCUAAACUCCAUUGUUUUUAGUGGAGUUUGCAUGGGUGACAUUUGCAGUUGUUCUCAGUGUCAAUAAUCCCACCUACUAAAACAGAUGUGCAAAGCAACUUUAUAACAGCCCAAUCCCUGCAUCCUCCAGAGCCACAGUUUACACAAUACACACUGUACCAUAGGUUGUGUGAGAGGUUCAGAAUUUCAAACCAAAUACCAAUGUGUUGACACAAAUAUCAUCUAGUGCAUUCUUUCCCAACUGGGUGCCCUCCAGCUGUGUUGAACUACAAUGCCCCUCAUCUCCAAGCAGAACAGCUCAAUUGUCAUGUUGGCUGUAAAGGAUAGGGGGCUGUUGUGUAACAUGUUUGAAAAAAAUGUUUGAUCUAAAAGGAAGCCUAAAGGAAGUUUAAAAAUUCUUCCACAAGUUAAAACAGCUGAGAAUUCUCAAGGUAGUCAUAAAAGGUUUGCCAGGACUUGUUAAGAAGGAAAUGUUGAAGUGUGUCUGAAAGUCCCUCCUCUAGUAACAUUUUGAGGGAAUCCAACAUUGUUUUAACAACUUUAGCAACAUUUCUCCUCCAUGAUUCUGAAUGUAUAUGUUCAAGAUUCAAAUUCUAGCACUCCAAGAAUUAUGGAUGCUUUACAGUAUGGUUAACCUUUCCCAAACCAAAAUGUUUGAUUGGAAUAAACACUACUCAAGUAGCUAAAUCUAGGAACAAGCCUUCUUUUCACUUCAUAUCCACUGUUGAACAAUAUUAUUCAGAGUUUCCUUCAUCUCUCAAUUUUGAAUCAGAUGAAAACUAUAUACUUGAGAGGAAGCCAACACAUAGAAAAUAUGCCGGUGUGUAUGUGUGUGCGUUUCUCUUUUCAAAGAAACAAAUGAAAACCUGAAACCAUAUUAUUCUUUGCCAUGGAGUUUAGAGUAUUGUCAGAAUGUUAUUCUUGGAAGUCAUUUAUGAACUCCAAAAGACUGCUGAAAUAUGUGCAUAUGUGUGCAUUUUAAUUUUAUUAAUUCUUGUCCAGAGACCUGGAGGAUCCAGUGUUUUUUCUGUAUUUCACAUAUGUUUGAAACUGCCGCUUUAAGUUCUUUCCUUUUCUAAUCUCCCUGUCCACUUUCAACUUAAUAACAAUUUCAACUUGAUCACGUUCAUGUUGACUGAAUGUGAUUCAAAGCCCCUUUGGCCCAUAUCAGAGGAAAUGAUCAAUCUGCACAUGAUAGUUUCCAGUUGACCGUGUGGAGAAUUUGAUUACAUUGAACAAAAUGGAAUAGUUUCUGCCUAUGUGGCCAGUUCUUCCACAUGCAUAUAAACAUCUCUGCUUGCACUACACUGCCUUUGGCCUGUGGUCAUUGUCUCUGUGAACACAACCUUUAGGCAUGAGUUUGAGCAACUUUUGGUGUUGAAGAAACACCUACCAGGAAAUGCAAAUGUCCUUCCUGUUGUCCCUGCUUCUUUGUAACAAAAUUAAGGGAAGGCACACUUCUCUUUUGAGAAGAGAGAUUUCAAAUGUACUUCCACGGUUACAGAGACACACGAAGUGAACAUCCUGUCCUCUCUGCAAAUAGUAAAGCCCAGAAAAGGCUUUAAGCCUCAAAGAACUGAAAAUGUCAAUUCACGAAUGCAGGCAGACCCCAGAACCCAAAUGGACACAUUAGCAGCCAUCUGUUUUCAGAUGCUUAUUCUACACCUUGUGCAAUCCACUGAGCCAAAAUGGUUUCAGAAUAGGGUUCAUUGAUUUUAAUGGAAUUCUGAGUGAGCACAGAAUCAGUUCCUUAAAAUAAGAUAAACUUGCCAGUUGGGGUUUUCCUAAGAACUUGAAAUUUCUUUUGUAUUGUUUUUAUUUAACCACAAACCACAAUAUGGCAUCAGAAUAAAGAACUUGUGUUCAGCAACAAACUAUGUACUAGUAUUUUUUUUUAGUUUUUAAAGAAAAGUAUCAUCUGCUUAAACUGUUUGUACAAAUUAGUAUCUAUAGGUUUUUUUAAAUAAAAGAUAAGGAGCUUUUCUACUUCAAUGGCAGAGAUCAAAACAGCUAAAACAUAGUGCAAAAUAUGGGAAACAAUACCCUAACCAACAGCCAGAGCAUUUCUUUUAUAAACAAAUUGCCUUACCUUGCUUCCCAGGUUGUUUCAAGAUGAACUGAAUUCCCUAACUUUUCACCAUUAUUCUGUUCCCAGAUGAAAGCAAUAGUUUAGCAUCCUCUCAACUGAACUGGGAAAAGAGGCUGGGGAAAAAAGGUUAUUUAUUUUACUCACAAGUCCCUUUCCCCCAGAGUGACAGAUGUCUUAACUGCAAAGGAGGACAAGGCAUCCCAAAAUGUAGGA